GCUGCUCCUCCUUGCCUCUCUCUCUCUCUUACCUUCUCCAUCUCCCUGUCGAGUUCGCUCCAUCUCGAUCUCGACUGGAACGAGCAAUCAAUAUCGUCCAAAGAGCCGAAAGGUCAUCCCGGGUCCGCCGCAGCAAGAGGGGAGGGGGAGCAUCGCGAUGGAUUCCGAGUCGGGCCCGGCGGACAAGCCGAGCGGCGGGGCGGAGGAGCUCGAGGCCCUGGUCUCGACCACCGACGUGGAGCUGCUGAAGCGGGCCUGGCGCAACGAGAAGGCGGCUCCCGAGAUCCUCCGCUUCGAGACCCACCUCAUCGAUCGAGUCGCCGGGCAGCUCCAGUUGAUGGAAGAAACUGUGGAUGACUUUGUAGAAAGUGGCAUAGAUCCUCUCACAGUGUCUCUCUACCAGAUGGACUUGGAUAGGACACAGUUCUUAUUGAGAUCAUAUCUCCGGAUUCGUCUCCAAAAGAUUGAAAAGUUUAUGUUCCACAUUUUAAAGACAAACGAAUUGCAUGAUCGGCUCUCUAAACAAGAGAAAAACUUCACAAGAAGAUAUUCAGAAGUUAUUGGGAAACAUCUUGAGGAAAGUGUGUUACUGAAUUUGCCUGAUAAUUACCAGUCUUUACUCAGGCAAUCAACAACUAGCGAAGAGGAUGACAUGGUCCCCGAGCCACAGAUGGACGCUUUUGUCGUAUGCAGAGCCAGGGAAUAUGUUGGACCUUCUGAAUUACAAGACAGCAACAAGUCCUUGGCAACAGAUCUGCUCAUGGAGAUGGAGCCAGGUGAAUUGUUCUUCAUACCAUUCAAGCGCAUAAAGAAGCUUCUUGAGAAUGGAAAAGUCGAUCUAGUCUGAGCCCACAAUUGUUUUGCUCCUGCAAGAUGAUGAGAAAGACAAAUGUUCUCUACUUUUGGUCGAUGGUUUUUCAAAAAUUGCUUACCAUCUCCUCUGGCUGUAAUCUAUCAGGUGUUUAAUCCAAAAUCCAUGCCAAAAAACACAUGAUUGUCAGAAGCAGCUCAUUGCUAGUCA